AUGAGGACGCACACGACAUACUCGACCAUGCUCGCGCCCUUCCUCCUACUCGCAUCGGCGCCACUGGGCGCACUUGCCAACGAUGUUCUCAAAACAAACGGCUACAGCUCCUGCUUGGACGGAGCGUCGGACAUCACAGUCAACAAACUGAACAUUGAAUUCGACCGGUCGACCAAGAAGGUCAAGUUCGACCUCGGGGGCACCAACUCGAAGGAGCAAAAAGUCAAGGCUACAAUUGUGGUCAAAGCAUACGGAAUAGAGGUCUACAACAAUUCUUUUGAUCCUUGCGCGGACGGCACCAAGGUGGACCAGUUAUGUCCCGCAGUGCCCGCCGGUAGCUUUGCCGCAAGCGGAGAACAGAGCAUUCCCGACGAAUACAUCUCCCAGAUUCCAGCCAUUGCCUUCACCGUCCCCGACAUCGACAGCCAGGCAACCAUGCAGCUCACGGCUGUGGACGGAGGCACAGAUCUUGCCUGCAUUACGUCACAAGUCAGCAACGGAAAAUCGCUUUCGACCUCAGGCGUCUCCUACAUUGCUGCGGGUAUCGCAGGCGCUGCCCUGGUAGUUAGUGGUCUGUCUGCCCUUGCAAGUGCGGGCCAUGCCGGCGCUUCGUCUUCCAGUCCUACCUUUUUCGAUGUCAUGACCUGGUUCCAGUCCAUGGCACUGAACGGCAUGAUGAGUGCCAACGUUCCUAGCGCCUACCGAAAAUGGUCCAACAACUUUGGAUUCAGUGCCGGAAUCAUCUAUUGGGAAGGCAUGCAGAACACCAUCGAUGGAUUUCGCUCGAAGACGGGUGGCAACCUUACCGAGAAUAACGUCGACUACCUCAAGAACGCAACUCUUGUUCACACCAGUAGCAAGCGCAGCCUCGACACUGUCUUGCUCUGGGCUCGUGAUGAACUCAGCACCAACGUCAACGGAACCGGAGAGGACUCUACAGUAGCAAGCCAAGUCGUACACCAAGUCAAGGGAAUCCAGAGUUUCGUUGAAGAGUACAGGAUUCCGAACGGCAACGCCUUCAUGACCAUCCUACUUGUCGUCGCCAUUGUCAUCGCCUCCAUCACCGUCGCAAUUUUACUAUUCAAGGUCAUUUUGGAGACUUGGGCUUUGUUCGGCAGCUUUCCUAAGCGUAUGACCAGUUUCCGCAAGCGAUACUGGUGGACUCUUGCCAAGACGCUGACCAGCUUGGUUCUCCUUUUAUACGGUAUCUGGGUCACAUACUGUGUUUACCAAUUCAAGAACGGAGAUUCAUGGGCUUGCAAGACACUCGCCGGUGUCACAUUGACUCUUUUCACAGGUGUCCUGGCCUUCUUCAGUUGGAAAAUUUGGAGCAUCGCCAACAAAUUCAAGAAGCUUGAGGGUGACGACUCUGCUCUCUAUGAUGACAAGGAAGUCUGGCGCAAGUACAACAACUUCUACGAGAACUACAAGAAGGGCUACUGGUGGCUUUUCAUUCCGGCCAUCGUUUACAUGUUCUCUCGUGGUUGCAUCAUCGCGGGCGCCGAUGGCCACGGCCUCGCCCAAGCUUCUGGUCAAUUUAUCGUCGAAGCUCUCCUUCUCAUCCUGCUGCUUUGGGCCCGACCAUACUCUCUCAAGUCCGGUAACUGGAUCAACAUUAUCAUCCAGGUUGUUCGUGUGGUCUCGGUCGCUUGCAUUUUGAUCUUCGUUGAGGAACUGGGCAUGUCGCAGACUACUCAGACUGUUACUGGUCUUGUACUCGUCGUUGUGCAGGCCGUAUUGACGGGUGUGUUGGCUAUUCUCAUUGCUGUGAACGCCAUCAUCAUCUGCUGCAAGGAGAACCCGCAUCGCAAGAAGAGGAAGGCAGCUGAAAAAGCACGCGAUCUUGACAAUCUCACUCCCCUGGAUGCUCGCAACUCACUCCUCAUGGACCCCCAAGAUUACAAGCGCGGCUCACUGCCUUCCCCAUUCGGCCCUCGCUCAGCCGGCUACGACGUCGUCCCGCUAGCAGACCAACACACAGCCUACAACAACCGCCAAUUCUCCGAAGACCGCGGUCACUUGCUCGUCGACGCUUCCACUUUCGGCCGCACCGCCUCGCACGACCGAAGCAUAAGCCGAGACAGUAGCAGGAGCCCACCGCGCUUUUCAGACCUCGAACACGGCCAUGAACAGCACACGGAAUACAACCCUAAUGCGCCAUGGCAGCCCCAGCAGCAGCAGCAACGUGGCAAUCCAGGAGGAUACGCGUACUAG